AUGUCAGAAAAAUUAGAAGAGCAGCAAAUCAACCAAGAAGCAGCAUUACAAAAAUUGGAAGGAGCGGCAACCCGAGAAAAAUUACGCAAAAUAUUUGAGAAUGAAUCAAAUUGGCCUCCCAUCAUUGCUGAUGUAUCCUCUAAAACAUAUCUUCGCACAUUGAAAAGAGCAUCCGAAACAUCACUGAAAGCAGUACGUCAAACAAGUGCAUAUAUGGGAUUUCUAAACAAAAUUCAAUGUAGUGAGCGAUUUGAAUCAAUAAAACCCAAAGAUACAGAGAUGGGAGUUGAAGGGUAUUGGUUAGGACCAAUCAAGUAUAAACAAAAAGAAAGUGAGGCCACGAUAUUAUAUCUUCACGGAGGAGGAUACGUUGCGUCCUCAUCAUUAGUCGGAUUAAAAUCAUUAUGUUAUAUGUUAAAAAAUUUACGGAAACGAUAUAAUAAACACGUUCGAGUAUUAGCAAUCAAUUAUCCACUUGCGCCCGAAGAAGCAUUUCCUAUCGGAUUGAAUUGUGCCGAAAGAUCAUAUAAUUGGUUGGUUAAAAGUGGUAUCGCAGGUAGUAAAAACGUAUUUAUAUGCGGAGAUUCUGCUGGAGCUGGAUUAGUAUUAGCGUUAUUACAAAAGUUAUAUCCAGAUACAAAAACCUCAAAUGGUAAGAAGGAUAUACCAUUACCACUUGGAGGAAUAUUAAUAUCACCAUGGGUGGAAUUAACAUGUGACGCAUUAUCAUUCUUUACCAAUGCCAAAUUUGAUUGGUUAUCAGGUUUGAGACAAAUCGUAGCAGAAUGUUAUAUCUUUGGUGAGGAAGGGAAUCCGGCGCAUAAAGACGGACCAUCAUGGCAACAACGACAUGAGAAAGAUAAAAUUAUGGAAUGGUUAGCAAAAGUUGAAGAUACUUUUGAAUUCGCUGAUGUUGAAAAUAUCUGGAAAAGGUUAAGCAAUAACAUAAAUAAUGAUCAAAGGAGAAAAAGACUAUCUCAUCUUCGUAAAAGUAUUAUUAGUUUUAAGGCCACUAAUUCCGAUGAGAUUUUAAAAGAACGGGAUUCUAUAGUCGAAGAAACAAUAGAUGAGAAUUCAUCAAAGAACAAAAAAGUAGAUAUAACAGAAACACAAGAAAGUCCUUAUCGAAAUCCUUUGAUAAGUCCAUUACAUACUCCUCAUCAUAUUUUGGCAAAAUUUCCACCACUAUUAGUUUCAUAUGGUGGUAAAGAAAUGUUUAAAGAUGAUAUUGAAAUGUUUAUUCGAAAAUUUAUUGAAUCUAAAAAACUUUACGCCCCUGUUCUUGUUCCAAAUUCAGACUUUAUCGCAAAUACAUUCUUUGAUAGUAAAGGUCUCAACAUUAAUAAUUCAUUGGAUGGACAACAUCCCGAUGUUGUCGUUGAAAUGGACGAAGACAUGGUUCAUGAUUAUCCCAUCUUAAAAGGUGCAUUUGGUAAACAUUCAAGAAGAGCUCUUGAUCGAAUGACUUAUUUUAUUGCAAAUAGAAUUCCUUUACCAAAACCAUAUAUUCCGAGUGGUACUCGACGAUCAAAACCACCAUCUUACACUUCUGAUAGUGAAAAAAGUAAUAUCUCAUUGUUUGAAACCAUCCCUAAUUCUAGAAGAAUGUCUCAAAUUAAACCUAAGAAUAAUAAUAUUGAUAUAAAACGAUUUAAGUAA